GGUGCCGCACAGAUGAAAGGCGGAGGAGAAGUUUGGCCGGAAUUUCCUUUCCGUUGGCGCCGCCUGAAUAUCCGCACUUCCAAUGGAAUGAGCUGCUUGAAGCGCGUUUUCGCGAAGGAUGCGAUGAGGCUGGUGCGCUGCGUGGGGUUUGUCCUGCAGAGAUUGUCCACACAUCUGUAUCUCUCCACCUGUCCCUGACACACCUGGAGGGGGCGGGGGGAGCUCCGCUCUCCGAGAAGCUCAGCUGUCCUGCACGCCCCGGACCGACUCUCUCUCCGCUGAGGAAAUGAUGAUGAUGCAGUUUAGCGUUUUCCUGGUGGGACUCGUGUACCACCUGUCACUUCUCGUCGCCGACUCCCUGCAGUACGAUCUGCAUCCCAAACAAGAGAGCUUCAUCCGACAGCUGUCCUCUUAUGAAAUCGUGAGCCCGCUCCGGCUCAAUGACUUCGGGGAGCCCUUUCCGCCCUCGCUGCACUUCAGCAGGAGGCGCAGGAGGAGCGCGCGCGCCGCGCUGCCCGUCCUCCGCGCGCACUACCGGAUCGACGCCUUCGGGCAGCGCUUCUACCUGAACCUGUCGGCGGACUCCGGCUUCAUCGGAGCCUCGUACACGGUGACGCACGUGGGAGCCGGACGACGCGACUCGAGUGACUCCCGCGUGCGGGACAUUUCCGACAUGAGACACUGUUUCUUCCGCGGACGCGUCAACAACAGCGGAGCCUCCGCGGCGGUGAUGAGCCUGUGCGGCGGCCUGAAUGGGAUGUUCACGACACAGAGCGGUGAUUAUUUCCUGGAGCCUCUGAUGACCGGGGAUGGCAGUGAACAGGAGGAUGAGCACAACAAGCCUCACCUGGUGUACCGGCACGAGCGGCAGAGGGGGAGCUCCAAAGGCCAGCAACCUGGACCAUUUGCAGUGACAGAGAUGUAUUUGAAGGAUCAGAUCACCCAUCAUUGCAACGGAAGUAUGAAGGAAGAAAUCAGUUCAAUACAAGGGGAAAUAGGCUCCCGUGUUUCAAGGCUGUCUUCCUCAAACCCGGGCCUCUUGCGUCGGAAGAGGUUCCUCUCCUACCCCAGAUUUGUGGAGCUGAUGGUUACUGCUGACUCCAAGAUGGUCAAGCAUCAUGGGCAUAACGUGGAGCACUACAUCCUCACAAUCAUGUCAGUAGUGGCUGCUAUCUACCGAGACCCAAGUGUUGGGAACCUGAUCAACGUGGUGCUUGUCAAGCUGGUCAUAAUCCAUGAUGAGCAGGCCGGCCCGUCUGUCAGUUCCAAUGCCGCUACUACCCUGCACAACUUUUGUUUGUGGCAACAGGCUCAGAAUGUCCAGGAUGACAGCCACCCGUCCCAUCAUGACACCGCCCUCCUUAUUACCAGGGAGGAUAUAUGCCGGACAAAGGAUAAGUGCGACACGUUGGGUCUGGCAGAGUUGGGGACGAUGUGUGACCCCCAGAGGAGCUGCUCCAUCAGCGAGGAGAAUGGACUGAGCACCUCUUUCACCAUUGCCCAUGAACUGGGGCACGUGUUUAACGUUCCUCAUGAUGACAGUCCGAAGUGCAAGGAGGCAGGGGUAAAGCAGCAGUACCACGUGAUGGCACCCAUGCUCAACUACAACACCAGCCCCUGGUCCUGGUCUAAGUGUAGCCGCAACUACAUCACGGAAUUCCUGGACACAGGGUACGGCGACUGCCUCCUGGAUGAGCCGGCGGGCAGACCCCACUCGCUCCCCCGCCAGCUUCCCGGCCAACGCUACAGUGCGACCCAGCAGUGCGAAUUCAUAUUUGGACCCGGAUCCCGAGUCUGUCCAUACAUGAAGCAGUGUAAGCGGCUGUGGUGCACUAGCGUGGAGGGGGAGCACCGAGGCUGCCGCACCCAGCACAUGCCCCUGGCAGAUGGCACCGACUGUGGCCUGACCAUGCACUGCAGACAGGGAGCGUGUGUGCACAAGGACGCGGAGGCGCAGCCCGUGCGUGGCGAGUGGGGCUCCUGGGGCCCGUACACCGCCUGCUCCCGUUCCUGUGGGGGCGGAACCAGGAGCGCGGCCAGACGCUGCGAUAGACCCGAGCCCAGGAACGGAGGGGAGUUCUGCGUGGGCAGAAGGAUGAAGUUCCGUUCGUGUAACACGGAUCCGUGCCCCCGGGGACAAAGGGGAUUUCGCGAAGAGCAGUGCGCCCAGUUUGACGGGCGCCACUUCAACAUCAACGGCCUGCCACCCGCGGUCCGCUGGGUACCCAAGUACAGCGGGAUUCUCCCGAGGGACCGCUGUAGGCUGUUCUGCCGCGUCGCUGGGACAACGGCGUACUAUCAGCUGCGGGACCGCGUUGCGGACGGGACGCCUUGCGGCAGCGACACCGACGACAUUUGCGUUCGGGGGCUCUGCAGGCAAGCGGGAUGUGACCGUGUGCUCAACUCCAAGGCCAAGAAGGACAGGUGCGGGAUCUGCGGUGGGGACGACUCCUCCUGCAGGACUCUGGUGGGCACUUUCAACAGCGCCCGGUACGGCUACAAUGUGGUGGUGCGCAUCCCUGCUGGAGCCACUAACAUCGAUGUCAGACAACGGAGCUACUCAGGGAAACCAGAGGACGACAACUACCUCGCGCUGUCGGACGGCCGGUCCGCCUUCCUUCUCAAUGGGGACUUCGUGGUGUCCAUGUUCAGACGGGACAUCAGCGUCAAGGGCACCGUCAUCGAGUACAGCGGGUCAGACGUGGCUGAGGAGCGAAUCAACUGUACCGACAGGAUCGAGGAGGAGCUUGUAGUGCAGGUGCUCUGCGUGGGGAACCUACGCAGCCCGGAGGUGCGCUACUCCUUCAGCGUCCCCCUGGAGGAGCACGAGGAGAUCUUCGUAUGGGAGCCUAGCGGGCCAUGGCAGGAGUGCAGCCACAUGUGCCAAGGUCAGCGACGGCGAGAGGUAGUAUGCGUGCGCGAGAGGGACCGUCUGCCGGCGUCCGCUCAGCGGUGCGAGCAUCUGUCUCCGCUCGACGUGAGCGCCGAGCCCUGCAACGCUCACUGCCAGCUCAGGUGGCGAGUGGUUGGCCGGAGCGAGUGCUCAGCCAAGUGUGGCCCUGGCUACCGCACCCGCGACGUCCGGUGUGUGAGGUACAGCCUAGCGGAGCGCAAGAGCGAGUUGACCGGGUCCGAGGCCUGCGCCCACCUACCCGGGCCUCCUGCCCGGGACCUGUGCCACGGAGACUGCCUGCGGGGGAGCUGGUACUACGGAGCCUGGUCCCAGUGUUCCAAGACGUGCGGACGUGGCACCAGAACCAGGAACUCGUACUGCAAGGACCACCUGGGUCGGCAGCUGCCGGAGGGAGGGUGCAGCCGCGUCGAGCGGCUGGCGGCGGAGAGCUGUGGCGAAGAGCCGUGUCCCGACUGGUUCGCUGCCGCCUGGAGCGAGUGCUCGCCCACAUGUGGGGUCGGCGUGAGGCACCGGCAGGUUCGCUGCAUUCUUGACCGAAAGAGGUUGACUGAUCAGAUGUGCGACCCUACCAGCAAACCCUCCACCGUGUGGCCCUGCCAUCUACCCGAGUGUGCGUCGUGGCAAGCCGGCCACUGGGGCGCAUGUUCUGUCACGUGCGGUUGGGGUCACCAGAUGCGGACGGUGCGCUGUGUGUCUGCGGUCCACGUUCAGACUGUCGACGACAGCGAGUGCAACGCAGCCUCCAGGCCCAGGGAUGCUCAGACCUGUGAGGUUGUCACCUGUCCCCAAACCCCACCCCCCCUCGGCACAGUACAGCCGUCUGAUUCGCAGCUCUUGCGCUUCCGGUGGCGCUAUGGCUCCUGGACCACGCCUAAUCCUGGUGUGUUGCAGUGCUCUGUGAGCUGUGGGUGGGGCCAGCAGGCUCGCUAUGUCAGCUGCAGGGAUGCCCAGGGACAGGAAGCAGAAGAGUCGUCGUGCGCACACCUGACCCGUCCCCCGCGAUCCUUGGCAUGUUUCAGGCCGUGUGGACGGUGGCAGGCAGGAGAGUGGUCCCCUUGUUCGGCAACUUGCGGAGUGGGGAGCUCCAGUCGCUCUGUGGUGUGCGUGACCUUUCGCAACCAGCCACAGGACCAUUUCUGUCCCCCAGACAAGCGGCCCGGCGCCGAACGGGAGUGCAGCACCGUGCCUUGUCCCUCCUCCGAAAGCCAGCCCCCCGGAGCCCGGGGGCACCGUGAACCCGGAGCUCAGUCAGGCCGCAGCGAGGGGAAUGUCCCGAGUCGGUGGCGGACCGGUCAAUGGGGGGCGUGCUCCGGCACCUGCGGGCUGGGAAUCCAGCGGAGGGUGGUGGUGUGUCAGGACACGGACGGUCGCGCCGUUGACUACUGCGGAGAGACGGGGAAGCCGGCGGAGACCAGGAGCUGUGACUCGGGACCCUGCCCCCACUGGAACUAUGGCCUGUGGGGAGAGUGCACUCGGACCUGCGGGGGGGGUCAGCGGUCGCGGCGUGUGGUCUGCCAGCGGCUAAGUGGGCAAAGCGUGAGUGAGCACAUGUGCGACGCGAGGGAGCGACCGGCCGACGCGGAGCCGUGUAACAGGCAGCCGUGUCCAGGUGCUCCUGCUGCUGCUUCCUGGCAAAGGAGACCGUGGGGGGCAGUAUGACAGCAGUGGCUUCCGUUCCGUCAAGUUGCCGUACCGUCACUCGCGCCACAGUAGAUGCUGCAGUGCGUCGGAGGUCCCUUGCGGUCAACCUCCGGCAAGCAGCGUCGUCAUCAAAUAGAAAGCACCGUGGAUCUGUGGGACGAGGUUAGAACGAGGUGCAGCACCUCCAUGGGCUCCGAUCGCAGUGCUGCUCACAUUAUAUCUGCU